GGCAGGGGAUGUGGAGAGGAGGGAUGGCUGCUGGGGAAGGCCUGGGACCGGCGCUCAGGGCCGUGAAGGAGCGGGUGCGGCAGGCGGCGGCCCGGAGGCCCCAGAGCUUGCCCGCACUGCAACCUCGUCUUGUAGCCGUCAGUAAAACGAAACCGGCCGAAAUGGUGAUAGAGGCCUACAACCACGGGCAGCGCAGCUUUGGGGAAAACUAUGUUCAGGAAUUGCUAGAAAAGGCAUCAGACUCCAGUAUCUUGUCGUCGUGUCCCGAGAUCAAAUGGCAUUUCAUAGGCCACCUUCAGAAAAACAAUGUCAACAAGCUGAUUGCUGUACCCAACCUAUUUAUGCUGGAAACUGUGGAUUCUGUGAAGUUGGCAGACAGAGUGAACAGUUCAUGGCAGAAGAAGGGCUCUUCAGAGAGGCUGAAGAUCAUGGUGCAAGUGAACACCAGUGGGGAGGACAGUAAACAUGGCCUGCCGCCUGGUGAAACAGUGACAACCGUGGCACAUAUCAUCCAGAAGUGUACAAGCCUGGAAUUUGUGGGCUUGAUGACCAUUGGGAGCUUUGGGCAUGACCUCAGUCAGGGACCCAAUCCUGACUUCCAGAUGUUGAUCUCCUUGCGUCAGGAGGUGUGUGAAAAGCUCCAUAUCCCGAUCGAGAAGGUUGAGCUGAGCAUGGGGAUGUCGACAGACUUUCAGCACGCAAUUGAAGUUGGAUCCACCAAUGUUCGAAUCGGAAGUACAAUCUUCGGCGAACGCGAUUACCCCAACAAGCCUUCCAGUGACAAGGCCCUAGGAGAAAUUAAAGGAAAACUGGAGAACUUGACGGUGCAGGAACACUAAUGCAAGAAGGCCAUGGAAGUUCCCUCCCAGCAGAGGGAAUAUGCUCAGAUAGACCUUACUAUGCACUUGAAUUUCUCCCUUUGUGCUGACUGAUGUGGGGCGCAAUCAGGUAACGGGAAGGUGUCACAAGCGCCUCGGUUACCUGUAACUUUGCUAUUGUGUAUCCAUAGAAAUUGGAUUUUUUUAACCAGCAAACAAACACCUGUGAUUGCCAAGUGACUUUUCGUACCUUAGCUACAGUGAACUUUAGAUAGCUCUACUGGAUAACCAGCUGACUUAAGCCCUACUAGGUCUGGGCGUAAAACCAUUUCCAGCUGUGACCGUCGUACAUUUC